CCUUUUUUAAACAAACCUAACAAAAUAAUUUUUCCACUUUAGUUCCUUAUUUUUAUUGUGCUUUUCCCGUGUUAUGUUAAAUACUUAUAUUUUGCUUCAAAAAGUAAAGCCACCAUACUUCAUUUAUCAUGACGGCCAUGUUUCAAGAAAUUAUCAAUGAACUUUUAGUUGGCAAAUCAGCUUUGUCCGACUUUGGAACUAAACUGGUUGCGGAACAUGGAGCUGAAACGUUAAAAGAUAAACGUCCAAAAGAUAAAAGGCCACCAAAAAAAUGCCGAAGCUGCAAUCGAACUGACACAGCGUUUAUCAAACUUCGAAAAUGCGCGAGGUGCAAGACAUUACCCAUGUCAAAAUCGUUAUGCAGUUAUUACUGUAGCACGACCUGUCAGCAGGAAAACUGGAAAUAUCAUUGGCAUGAACAUAGGUGGUUGGAGAAUCAGAGCACCCGUAUAGUCUUAAGCCACAAGAAAGAAUUUGCCGAGCAUUUUCAGGACACAUUAAAAGCAAUGAAAGAAGAGGAAUUUGAGGAAACAAGAAGACUGAGAAGAUAUUUGUUCGAAGAAAGUCAACAAAGAAACAAGAAUGGAGCAUCAAAAGAAUCACAAAUCAAUUUUAGGAAUGUUCUUGUAGCGAACAGAAAUCAACAGACUGAGAAAGACUUGGUGAUAGUUGAACCUGCAUAUCAAAUUCCAAGGUAUACGGCAGAAUCUGUUGCCUCAAUUGCAGUUGAUACUUGGGACAUUCCACCAGAAGAAAUGCCAAGAGCAUUAAAAUAUCCAAGAAAUCAGAUGUUGGCAAUAACUUGGGAAGAAGGACAAGUGGAGAAUAAACCACAAGAGAAUCAAAGACCUAAAAAAACAAAAAGAAGGAUAAAUGUAAAAAAGGGCUCAGAAGAAGACCCUGAAAGCAAAUGGAACCUGGCAAUUGACUUGCUGACUCAUGUAGUUGACUAUAGAGUGGGGGGCCGUGGUACCGCUAUAAGACGCGGCCAAGAUGGGAAAUUAAUAAGAAAAAGCAACAAAAUUGAACAUCUUAAAAGUGGUAUUCAUAAAAAGACAGAAUUGCAGAAAUUAACAGAUAACCCUUUACCUUGGGGCUUCUAUUACCAAUCGGUGCCUUCUAUAACUGAAUAAUAUCAUUGUGAAAUAUUUUUCUUAAACUUGCAACUAAUGGUGUAUUGUUGCGUAAUCAUUUUUAACUAAUAUUUUUUAUCAAUAAGAUUAAUUGUGAAUUCCUAUUUGAUUUGUUAUUUUAUCUUUCCCUUGCACUAAAAUUAAAUUGUUCCUUUUGAUAAUUCAAAACAUGCAACCUAUCAAAAUCCUGUUCAAAUGAAACUGGCAGAAAUCUACUACAGUAUACCUGUUUGAAUCUCAGCUGAAUGCUAACAGGUAACUGUAUCUCACUCUUGGCUCAUAGUAUACCCACAUAUGCAGGAAACUUGAAAUCUGAUCUUCUGUUCUAUGAUUGAUAUUUCAAUAGACAUUAGCUUUAUUAUUGAUUGCAUAACCGGCAGUUUGUUAUGUUGCUAUAGUUAGAUAGUAUGUCAAUGUAAAAAUGGGAAAAGUAAAAAACACAUUGGGUAUA